GAACGGCGUCGUACAUCCCCAACCCUUGCCGAGACUUUCUGACUAUCACGCUAUCAAUCAAUUUCUUCACAUUCUUGUCUUCUUGUCCAACCCUUGUCACUAUCUUUCUCUUCUGCAUUUCUUUCUCAAAUAUACACUGCAUACUCACAUGCUUCAAAAUUUUCAAUUCCACGUGUGCAAAUAGGGUUUUUCACUUACGAUUUCGCCAUUAGCAAGACGUGAUGGCUGCUGCAACUUUUAAAUACCAACCUACGAGACUUCUUGGUUCCGACGUUCACGUGUUCGCGCCUCCAUCUUCUACAAACUUCGGAAGGUUCUUCUCAACGCGCAAUACUCGCCACCCUAAAUUGAAUCUCAUUCAUGCUUCCAUUUCUCACGCCUCCCUCGUUGACCCUGCUCCACUCUCCAUUUCUAAUGACUCAUCAACCGAGACUGAGAGUACUUUGAUAUUGAUUCGUCAUGGGGAGUCUUUGUGGAAUGAGAAGAACUUGUUCACGGGAUGUUGUGACGUGCCUUUGACCACGAGAGGUGUAGAGGAAGCCAUUGAAGCUGGUAAGAGGAUUAGCCAUAUACCGGUUGAUAUCAUUUUUACGUCUAAGCUGAUUCGAGCACAGAUGACGGCUAUGCUUGCAAUGACUCAGCACCACCAAAAGAAGGUUCCUAUUAUCAUCCAUAAUGAGAGUGAACAGGCAACAACUUGGACUCAAGUUUACAGUGAAAAAACCAGAAAGCAAUCUAUUCCAGUUAUUACAGCUUGGCAGUUGAAUGAAAGAAUGUACGGGGAGUUACAGGGUCUUAAUAAGGAGGAGACUGCAGAAAGAUACGGGAAAGAGACGGUGCACGAGUGGCGUCGGAGUUUUGAUAUUCCUCCUCCCAAGGGUGAGAGCCUGGAAAUGUGUUCACGGAGAGCUGUUGCCUAUUUUGAAGAUUCUAUUGAACCCCAACUAAAGUCAGGAAAGCACGUGAUGGUUGCUGCUCAUGGAAACUCAUUGAGGUCUAUCAUCAUGUAUCUUGAAAAAUUAACCUCUCAAGAGGUCAUUAGUUUAGAAUUAUCAACUGGGAUACCGUUGCUUUACAUAUAUAAAGGGGGGAAUUUUAUCAGUAGAGGAAGUCCUGUGGGGCCUACAGAAGCUGGUGUUUAUGCAUACAGUCAGAGUUUAGCUGUUUACAGAGAGCAGUUGGAUGAAAUGUCUCAUUGUUAUUGAUCUUGCAUGUGAAAGAUCAGAAAGGUAUACUUGUCGAUAUUCAUUUUUGGUGGAUGGCUUUCUGGUUUGGGUAUGGCCUUUCCUAUUAUUGACCAAAAUCCGUGACAGUUUCAAAUAUGCGAACUUCAUGGCAAAACAUGGGAACUCUGAAAAAUUUUCUGCAUUGUAGCAACGCGAUAGCCUCGAAACAAUUCGGGUUAUAGCGUGUUUGCUUCCGAGUCUAAACGUGAAAAUUCACGUUUUCAGCAAGUAAAAAAUUUCAACUUCCACGUAAAUUUAAUUCAAAGCGUGGAGAGAGAGUCAAGAAUUACGUUUACAAAUUCAAACCAAACACACACUUAGAGAAAGUGAAAAACAGGAUUAGUAAAUGUAACACUAGUCUUGAACUUGCUUGUGUCUGAAUGGAAGUGAGCUUAUAGGCUAUACGUUAUAGGUAUAACUGCCAUGUUUUAGAACUUACUGGGAAAUGAAUUCACGGUAAAGGAAUGAAAACUGUAUAAAUGAAUUGAAGUAUUUUGUGA